AAAACAAAACAAAAAACCAAACAAGAUAUCUUGGUGAGUCAGUGAAGGUGACACAACAGGCAGCUUCUGCGCUCACCGCUCACUUUCCGAGGUCAGACAGAGAAGAAGUUUGUCGACGAAGAAGAGAGGAGCUGAUCUGAAAGAAAAUGACAACACACGGUCACGAAGAGAAAAGAUAUGACCCCAAAGACACGACUCUGAAGUUUGUCAACAGACCGGAUGAUCUGGAUCCACUACCUCCAGAGGAAGGAGACAAGUGUCUCCGAGCAGAGAUGUCCUGCGGUCAUGCCGUCACUCCAGAGUCUCUCACUGGGUGGUGUCGCAGCCUGCUGGAUCAGGGCCAGUACACAUUUAAGUGCCCUGCUUUAAAGAAUGACACCUUGCAAAAGUGUGAUGCAGUGUGGUCUUAUCAAGAGGUGCGCAGGCUGGCAGUGUUGACAGUUGAAGAGAUGAAGUACUUUGAAGAGAACAUCGCCCGUCUGGCUGCCACCAAAUACUGUGAAUUCAAAACAUGUCCCGGAUGCAAAUCCAAUGUGGAGAGAGAGGACCUGACUAACCUCAGCGUGCGGUGCACAAUCUGCACAUCAGACAGGAAUAAAGUUUACGAGUUCUGCUGGCAGUGUCUGAAGGUGUGGAAAGGUAGUGCUCCACGCUCUGACCGCUGCGAUAAUGACGGCUGCAUUAACCAUGACCUUGAGCUUCUCAAGAACUGCAAGACCACCACCCUCCAUCAGGUGCAGGGGGUCGACACGUGUCCCUCCAUCCGGGCCUGUCCCACCUGUGGUCAGAUGGUGGAGCACGACAAAACAGGCUGUAAGAACAUCAUCUGUCCUCGCUGUCAGGUCGAGUUCUGCUUUGUGUGUCUGAAGCUCACUCCUGAGUGCCUGAACACGAGCUCUUACUUCAUCCCUUGCAGUGAUGGUGUGGCUCCCAGACAAACCUUCAUACCUGUGUGGCACAGAGACUAAGAGGGGAUCUGCAAACAUAUUCACUACUCAUGCUGUAGCUUGCAGCCUUCUUCUGUCACAAUAUACUUAACUUUUACUGAUUUCAUUGUAAGAUUAUCUUUGCAAUUGAAGCCAGCAGUGAGGCUUAUAUACUUCAUGCACUGUUUGAGCCUUAAAGUAGUAUUUUCUGAGAUUGUUGUAUACGGUAAUGCAUUGUUUUUAAUAUCUGCCAGUUAUGGCUGCUCCCAAUUGAUCUCUGCUCAAUAUUAGUCAAUCAUUGAUAAGUGCUUUACUUAAUAAAAAGAAGUUUCCCUUUA